CCCAAAGACAUCCGAAGACAUUUGCCAACAGUGGGCUGCCGACGGAUUUAUGCGAGGAGCAUCACGGAGAAGUGAUCAAGAUGUUCUGUGGACAUGGUGUGCUGUACUGUUUGUAUUGCUGUGAAACAUAUGUCCUGUGAUGGUGUAUACUAUAUCCCAAACAUUGCUAAAGAUCUUCUAAAGAGGCAGGACAAUUACAAAACUAAAACAUCUUUGGAGAAGGUAAAAGAUGCUUUGCAAAAUUUAAAGUCCAAAAUGCGGGAUGAUAUGGAACAGUUGAGUAAUCAACGUGAUAGUAUACUUGAUGAAAUAGAAAAGUAUAAGAAAGACCUGAUCAGAAAAGUGGAAGAGUUGGCGAAGGCAUCAAUUAAAGAGGUACAGGAAAAGUACAAAAAUAUCUUUGAAGGCAUAAACGCCUGCAGCAAGAACAUAGGACAUAUUCUAGAAGAUGCAGACAAAGGCCUUGACAAGCUCAAGCACUCAACAUAUAAAACUGAAGCUCAGUCAUUUGUGGAUAUGAAGAAAGGAGAAAAUCAGGUCGCAGUUGGGAAUGAUUGCAUCAACCGAUCUAUUUCAAGGCAGAUGGAAGCUUUAGAAUUUGAAUCGUGUAAAACUUUAAAGAGCCAUCUACUUGAGGUACAUAGUCUUUGAGCUUUAAAGGUGACA